CAAGGAUAGAGUGCUCUUAGUUCUAACAUACAUGGUGAAGAAAUGAUGGCAAGAGAGCCAAUCUCUUUCACUCACUCAUAGCAUAUAUAAAUAUAUUUAUAUAUAAAUUCUCUAUCGACAUAGCUAAAACCCAAAAACAAGAUCCACCACUUUUUUAAACUUCAGGGACAGUUGAACGACUCUCACUCAUUCGUUCAUUUAUUAUUUCUUUAAGGCUUAGUUUGGACAGACAGAAAAGAAAGAGAAAACAAAAAAAAAAAGUGAGAAGAAGAAAAAUAUAAAGCAGAGAAAAACAGAGUGAAUAUUCAUAGAGACAGAGAUGGGGAGCUAUAGGAUGUGUGUGUGUUUCACCCGAAAGUACAGGAUCACGGAGGCGGAGCCACCCUCCGACGUGAAAGAUGCCUUUAAGAAGUUCUCGGAAGGUGGGAACCACAUGAACGCCGACCAGUUACGGCAGUUCUUGGUCGAGUUCCAAGGAGAUGAUGCCACCACAGUUCAAGAUGCCCAGCAGAUCAUUGAGCAGAUCCAUCACCGUCGUCACCACCACCACAUUCCUAAGUUCAGAAGACACUCUCUCACUCUUGAUGACUUCCAUCAUUACCUCUUCUCUGUUGACUUCAAUCCCCCUAUUAUGGAUAAGGUUCAUCAUGACAUGACGGCUCCUUUGUCACAUUAUUUCAUAUACACCGGCCAUAAUUCGUAUUUGACUGGAAAUCAAAUAAGUAGCGAUUGCAGCGAUGUUCCCAUAAUUAAGGCACUGCAUAAAGGGGUUAGAGUGGUAGAGCUUGAUAUUUGGCCUAAUUCCACUAAAGAUGAUGUUCAUGUUCUUCAUGGAAGGACUUUAACAACACCAGUGGAGCUUAUAAAAUGCUUGAAAUCCAUUAAAGAACAUGCUUUUGUGGCUUCUCCAUACCCUGUUAUCUUAACUCUUGAAGACCAUCUUACACCAGAUCUCCAAGCUAAAGUAGCUCAGAUGGUCACGGAAACAUUUGAGGAGAUGUUAUUUUGUCCUGAAUCUUCUGAAAAGUUAGAGGAGUUCCCUUCACCAGAAGAGAUGAAAUACAAAAUCAUUAUUUCCACCAAACCUCCGAAGGAGUACCUUCAAGCCAAAUCUAAUAAAGAAAAUGAAGAUAGUAGCUCGUUCAAAAGGCGAGAUUCCAAUGAAGAUUCACGAAAGACAGAUACAACUGAGCCUGCAAAUCGUGAAGAUGAAGAAGAAUAUACGAGUGAUAGUGAUGCAAGUGAUUCAAGUGGAAACAACAGUAAAAGUAGUAAAAACGACAGAAGAAGAGAAUUCAAUGGUGACAGUGAUGAAAACAACAAGAGUAGUAGUAAAAUUGAUCGAAGCUUGUCAGGAGAACCACCCGAAUACUUGAGUAUCAUAGCAAUGCAUUCUGGAAAACCAAAAGGGGGUUUAAAAGAGCAACUUAAAGUUGAGGUUGACAAGGUUACGCGCUUAAGUUUGAACGAACAAAAAUUUGAAAAGGCUGUUACACUUCAUGCCUCACAAGUAGUUAGAUUUACACAGAAGAAUUUCUUAAGAGUGUAUCCAAAGGCUUCUCGAAUUGACUCUUCCAACUACAAGCCCUUGAUUUGCUGGAUGCAUGGAGUUCAAAUGGUUGCUCUCAAUAUGCAGGGAUAUGGUAAAUCUUUGUGGCUUAUGCAUGGAAUGUUUAGAGCCAAUGGUGGUUGUGGUUACGUGAAGAAGCCCGAGUUUUUAAUGAGCAAGGGACCAGAUAAUCAAGUUUUUGAUCCUAAAGCGAAAUUGCCAGUGAAGAAAACUUUGAAGGUGAAAGUGUACAUGGGAGAUGGAUGGCAUUUGGAUUUCAAACAAACACACUUUGACACCUAUUCACCUCCAGAUUUUUACACCAGAGUUGGUAUAGCAGGAGUUGCGGCUGACGAAAUAAUGAAGAAAACAAAGAAGAAAGAAGACAAUUGGACGCCUGUUUGGGAAGAAGAGUUUACAUUUCCAUUGACAGUUCCUGAAUUGGCUUUGCUUCGAAUUGAAGUGAAAGAAUACGACAUGUCCGAAAAGGAUGAUUUUGCUGGCCAAACUUGUCUUCCCAUUUCUGAGUUGAAACAAGGCAUUCGUGCAAUUCCUCUCUCGGACCAUAAAGGUGAGAAGUACAACUCUGUUAGGCUGCUCAUGCGGUUUCAGUUCGUCUAAUCAGAAUUUGUGUUAUAUGAUAUCAAACUAAAUAUUCAAAUAUUUUACUGUUUAGCUUUUUCUAUAUAAUCCAAUCAAGGUUUUUCUUAAUGUGAUUCUUCUGUAUAAAUGCUUUUAUCUAUAUGAUAUGAUUUUGAGAGCA